UCCAAACACAAUCACCACCGACCACUCUCAUAACCCUAUCCCUAUGUAUUCCCCCCCUCAAAUAUAUUCUCUCUAAUCCAUCCGAAGUACACACGCUUAUUCUAUUCUAUCAUGGCUUCUUCAUCAUUCUAUCUCACAAACCAAAUAAUAGGUACCAAAUUCUCGCCACCAUCUCCUCUGCGCCAUAUUGGUUUCCUCCGCCCACUUCUUAUCUCCGCCACCACCGGGACGGCUUCUAGUAGCAGCAGUGUUUCACAAACGGCGUCGUUGUACGAACUUCUGGGAUUACAGAUUAAUGCUUCAGGUCACGAAAUCAAGACGGCGUACAGAAGAUUGGCCAGAAUCAUGCAUCCUGACGUUGCAUCGAACGUCGGAGAAAAUGAGAUGUCAGCAGCCGAUCAAUUUAUGAGAUUGCAUGCCGCUUAUGCCACUCUAUCUGAUCCUGAGAAGCGUGCGAAUUAUGACCAAGCACUUUCCCGCCGCCGGCCGACAGUGAGCGCGAGAAUGUGUGCCGGUUACACUUGCGGGAACCGGAAUUGGGAAACUGACCAGUGCUGGUAGCUCAAUUAGUGAAAUGACAUAUGUUUGGCAAAGCUUAAAAAUAAGUAUAUUUCGUGAGUUAUACAUGUGCAAGGCUGAAAAUAAGUAGGUAUUAAGAAUCAUUUAAGAUAAACUAUCCAGUAUUGUAUAAUUUACUUAUAGAUCAGGCUGGGAUUAUGUCAUGCUAUAUUAUGUCAUUCAAAUCUUGCCCUUUGGAUGAACAAGAGAGUUCAAUAUCAAAUUGUACUUAGGCUAUCAAACUUCAAAGACAAUGGGAUUGAAUCUUGAAACCAUCCUUUUGAAAUUGGCUACAAAGAGUAUGUUUAAGAGAUUCUCUAAACAUAAAAUGCUCUCGAUGUUAGAGAGUUGAUGUUUAAAAAUAAGCUUCAUAUUUUGGAGUGCUAAAUUCAAUCUCUAUUCUUAAUCAUCAAUAAUUGCAUUUA